UAAACGGUUUCAGCGGGUUUACGGGGAGCAGUGUGUUUCCACCUUUCUGUUGAGAGUUGACACACGACACGAUACGUAAAAGAAUGGGAAGAUUUUAAGACUUUUAUAUGCACGUCAAUAUGCAAUUGAUUUAGCUUUUAAAGCGGACAAACGAGUAUCGGUUUUAUUUUUUUAAGAGACUUGGACAUCUAAGGCUGUCAACAUGAACUCCGUACUAACAUCAGUACGAUCCCUCAUGCACACGUUUGAUGGCAAAGCAAAGGAAUUCACAGAUGAAAUUGAAAAUGUCCACAUGGUCUGGCUCGAGGAGAUCCAACAAGAAGCCAACCGCAUGUUCUCAAGGGAUUUUAAUGCAGAACCAGAAUUGAUGCCAAAAACACCCUCACAGAAAAAGAGUCGCAGGAAGCGUCUAUCUUCAGGGCAUCAGGAAGAGAAUCCAGCCAGGCGAAGAUUUUCAAAGGGAAAGCGCAGUAACCUUCGUGGCUCCAUUGUCAAAUCACUGAACUUGAUUACUGAAGAAGAGAUCAUUCCCGAGGCUUCCACCUCUCAGACCAACACCACCUGGCAGCCUAAACGCACAACCCGCAAAAACAACAAUAAACUACAAACACAGUCUGAGGUGGCAGAGGAUGUGAGCUUAAAACCUGAGGAGGUUCAGAACAAGAAGCCAGAGCUGGUAGAGGUGGACAAGACGGAUUACAUAUGUGGCGACGCCCAGUCCCCACCUGCAGUACCAUCACCCGAGGUUGCUGUCAGCAUCUCUGCCUCAGACCGAUUGUCUGCAGAGAGUGUUAAAGAUGUGCAGCUCUCUCCUGGUCGUUCAGCUGCCAAGAUUGCAAUAGCGGGCGCAGCUCGGAGCUCACGGCGGAGCUCUGUGCGCUGCUCCCUCAAAGUACGCCACUCUCUGGCCGGUCUGCGGCACAGUAUGACCCAGGAGUCUGUUCGCCGCGCCUCGCGUCGCUCCAUGCUGAAGAGGCAGGUGUCUCGUAUGGGCAAUUCCAUAUGUAGCAGCAACAUUGAUGAGCACUCUUCUGUGGACUCGUUAGAGGAAAUGGAGGCAUUGCCAGAAGCUGUAAGUACAGACUCAGAUGAAAAUGCUGCUGCUGAAGAAUGUAUUGAAACUCUGGAGAGCCAGAUCAUCCAGAUCCCACAACCGUCUUUCGGACGCAUAACUCGAUCAGUGGCCGCAAGCUCUGUGGUGGCAAUAUCACCGUUUACAUCUGAGCUCUCAGUGUUCACUCCCAAAAAGAAAACAGCUGCAGAGAAACAUCUGACGGCAGUUCGCAUUCAAAAACGCAAAGCACCAGAUACUUCAGAGGAAAGUCCCACAAAGAAGUGCUCUCCUCCAAAGAAAAGCGCAAGUGCAAUUAGACCCAACAUGAAGUCUUUCCUCCACACUGUGCAGAAGAAUCAGCUGCUCAUGAUGACUCCACAUUCCCUCGGCCGCUCUUCUGUUUUUAAAUCCUUCAUCAAACAAAACACUCCUCUGAAAAUCGAUCCAAAGGGCGGGGCUAAGAAGCAAGUGAGGGAAAUGAGGAGGCCAACAAAGCAAUUGGCAUGA